GGAAGGAUCCGGUGGCUCGGCUGCAGAGAUACCUGGGAUGAGCAACAAGUGACCCCUAGUUGAUUCCGUUUUUUUGUGCGCCUGUGAACCAGGAUGAAGCUCGCGGUGGCGUUGACCUUCCUGAGUGUGGCCGUGAUGGUCGCUAUGAUUUUCCAGACGGUGCGGCAGGAGAUGACCCUGCGUGCUAUGAAAUCUCGCAUGGCGGAAAACGCGGCGGAAGUCAAAAAGAGGGAGAAGUCCAUCGUUGAGCUGAAAAUCAAAAUCCAAGAGAUGAAGACGGCGCUGGGGACCGCCAACGGCAACAUCGAUGAACGUAAGAAAAAGAAGGAAGAGCUCGAGAAGUCAGCACAAGAGUUUGAUAAUACUCUGAAGACCUGUUACACGGAAAAGGAAGGUGCUGAGAAGAUGAUGAAAGAGAAGGGAGACGCCAUCAAUAAAGUCAAAGAUGAUCACGAAGCGGCUAAAAAGAGGGCCGAAGAGGAGACUCAGAACUUGAAACAACAGAUUUUGGACAGAGACAAAGCUAUCUGUGCCUUUGCAGAUACAACCAAGGAGGAAGCACGGAAGUUGUGUGGAAUCCCUGAAGCUCCAAAAUAAAGUUCACCCAGAAACACUAAACAUUGACUGUGAACUGUUAAAAAAAGGAGGCGUGCCUUGCAAAUGAGGAUAGCUAUUGAAAUAUUACUGAAGUGAAUACAACUGUUUCUCAUGAGAAAGUCAAAAAAAAAAUUGUACAUCCAUUCGUUGGACAAAUAGCACAGACAAGGAGCGAAAUCUGUUGCAUAGUUUCAUAUCAUUUUGUAUUGUGAUUGGGUUGGUCGGUUGGAUCUUGAGAUGCCUUUUUGUAACUGUAAAACACUUUUAGAGAAACUAGUGAGAACAGCCGGCACAUAUAAAUGAACUUGACUGUUAUGUGGAUGCCACCUUCCCCUUUUUCAAACUGGUAAAUCAACAUUGUGACACACCUGAACCAUCCUGCCUGUCUUUGUGUCGCCCUGCCCCCGAUGAAACCUGAGUGACUACCAGCAGCCACAAUCGUGCUUGCAGGGCAUCUGUUUGAUCUCUGAAGUCUGUGUGUGUGUGUGUGUGUGUGUGUGUGUGUGUGUGUGUGUGUGUGUGUGUGUGUGUGUGUGUGUGUGUGUGUGUGUGUGUGUGUGUGUGUGUGUGUGUGUGUGUGUGUGUAAGAAUGUGCUGAUCAAAUCCUACCACACUGAGUCAAAAAAUAAGCAUAUGGUUCACGGAAGUAUCACAUCAUGUCACAUGUGAGUGAGAAAAUGUAAUUUUAUUGAAACCGCCCCCUCUGAUUUAAUAUUAACUGACAAACAUGAGCAUUUUAUAAUAAUUGCCCUGUUGUUUUUGAUGUUAACAUGAUGAAAUAUUGCUUGACUCAUAGGGCUUUCUGGUGUUCUCCUGAUUUAGAGUUUUUUUUUUAUUUAUACUUGAACCGGAAAAUAAAUGUAAUGUGCACAGAGUA